GUAUGGCGAGACCAGAACCUGACCGAGUGCAUGCGACAGGAAUUUCCAGAGUUCCUCAACGGAUUUCUGGCGCUGCCCGGGGGCAUCGAGAGAUCAGAUAUCGGCCGCUAUUGCGCCCUGUACCAGCAAGGAGGCAUCUAUGCAGACCUCGACUACGAGGUGCGGACCAACUUCUACGCCGAGCUGCCUGGCAGAAUUGUGUUCGGUCGGUCGACAUUUGCCGGCCCUCAACAGCCAUAA